UAUUAUGGCCAACUGUACGCUAGUGUCUUAUUUCGAGAAGCGCUCGCCGAACAUACGUCCCAUUCAUCCUCGCGUCUCUAUUUACCGGAGUACGCGACUGGCUUUGUGUAGGUGCAGACGUCCUUAGCCAGGUAUGUCGGGCUCAACUUCCCCUCCUCCCUCGGCAGAGGUAGUAGGAACCGAGGGUUGUUUUCCCCCCGGAUACAAGCCUUUCAAACCCGAGGAGCACGGCCUGGAGCGCGGGUUCCGUCUCACAGCCUUUUCGGACCUGAAGGGAUGAGGCUGCAAGGUCCCGCAGGAGGCUCUGCUCAAACUCCUGGCGGGACUGGAGGCGGACCGGGCCGAUGGGUCUGGAAAGGCCGGAGACCAAGUAUCGGACUUCAGCCAACAGCUGCCCGGACCCCGACUCGGUGUGGGGAUGGACUGCUGUGUUAUUCCUCUGAGGCAUGGAGGACUCUCACUGGUCCAGACCACAGACUUCUUCUACCCUCUGGUAGAGGAUCCAUACAUGAUGGGCAGGAUAGCAUGUGCUAACGUCCUCAGUGACCUCUAUGCCAUGGGGAUCACCGAGUGUGACAACAUGUUGAUGCUGCUGAGUGUCAGCCAGAAGAUGAAUGACAAGGAUCGUGAGCGGGUGAUGCCGCUGAUGAUUCAGGGUUUUCGUGACGCAGCAGAGGAGGGAGGGACUUCUGUAACGGGAGGCCAGACAGUGAUCAACCCCUGGAUCAUUGUAGGAGGAGUUGCAUCAGUCGUCUGUCAGCCUAAUGAGUUUAUCAUGCCAGAUGGUGCUGUGCCAGGCGAUGUGUUGGUUCUGACUAAACCUCUGGGAACGCAGGUGGCUGUGAAUGCUCACCAAUGGCUCGAUCAGCCUGAAAGGUGGAACAAGAUCAAGCUAGUCGUCACCAAAGAGGAAGUUAAAGAGGCUUAUCAGGAAGCCAUGUUCUCCAUGGCAACGCUAAACCGCACAGCGGCAGGGCUAAUGCACAAGUUCCAGGCCCACGCUGCAACAGAUGUGACGGGCUUUGGGUUGCUAGGUCAUGCCAACAACCUUGCAGCACAGCAAAGAAAUGAGGUGGCAUUCGUCAUCCACAACCUACCGAUCAUAGCCAAGAUGGCUGCCAUCAGUAAAGCCUGUGGGAACCUCUUCAACUUGAUUCAGGGCACAUCAGCAGAGACUUCUGGUGGACUACUUGUGUGUCUGCCCAGAGAGCAGGCUGCUAAGUUUUGCUCAGAGAUGAAGAGCCAGAGCUCUGGAGCUGGAGGUCAGGGGGCAGCGGGCGGAGCAUGGAUAAUUGGAAUUGUAGAGAAAGGCGACCGCCAUGCUCGCAUCAUUGACAAACCCCGUAUUAUAGAGGUUCCGCCACGAGGAAGCCAGGCUGCAAAUCAGGACAACAGCUCCAACAGCCCUGCUCCUAGCCCCAAUUUGUCAUAGACACUGCCGACCUUCUGACACUGUGUGUGUGAGACCCUGUAUGUGUGUGUGUGAGACCGUGAGUGUGCGUUUGUGUGUGAGACCAUGUGUGCAUGUGUUUCUGUCCAUGUCAUCACCCCUUUGUGUGCCCUAAAAUGCUAAGAGCACUCCAAUUAAAACCACCAUCAUCUUUUCCAGUGAUUGAGGGAAUGGUCAGCAUCUUUAUCCAUUUUUGGAAAAAGCAGAUGGGAAAGCUGCUGAAAUGAGGCCUAUCUUUCACUUCUUUGGAAUCAAAUUUGAAAUCAGUGUAGCGUGCCCCUUCUUAAUCCACAUGACAAGUGACUAAGUGACUAUGUAUAAUUCAUCUGAAUGCAAAGAAGGUUUCUGGAAAAAAAAAAACAAACUUAAAAUUCUUAGGACAGAAAAUAUUCCAAAUCAUUCUUGGCGGCAAAAAAAAAAGUGUAAAUGUGUGUGUUUGAAUAUUUUCUAAUUUAACUGGGGUGCUUUGCUGUGGGGAGGUGGAACAGAGGUUUUCAUUGACUUUUUUAUUUUGGAAGUGGAGGAUUCUAAUUUUUCCUGUUGAUGAAUGUUUCAUGUGAAAAAGAAAUGGUUCAUACUGGCACCUGGCUCUGCCCACACAGCUCUUAGGAAGGCUUGAGCAGCUUCCUUUGGACAGUCUGGGUAGUGUUCAGAAUGUCCUUCCAUGUCAGCUGAUUGGCUGUCCAGCACCAAGUCCCUCCCACUUUUCCUUUCAUGAAGCUCUGCCUUUUAAACCCCAGCCAACAGGGCCAGGUAGAGUGGAUGUUUGCCUUUGGAUUGGUGUCGGACUUGAGACUGGAGGUCAUAAGCUGUCAGCGUUUGUAUAUCUCCUGCUUUUCACAAUCAAUAAAAACAUCAACUCACAUUGACAAA